GGGAAGGUGGAGGGAAGGCAGAAGGACAGGGGUGAGGGCCCUGGGAGCAGCAGAACUGCCUCCCAGCUCAAGACAGCCACCUUGCCUCCACUCUAUUCUGUCACUGCCCUGCCCAUUUGCUGGGACGACCCCCCCCAACUUCUGCUGCCAGAUCUGGCCAGCUGCUUCUAGAUUCCAGCCUCUGGUCAUUGGUUCUUCCCUCUAUCUCCAGGUCUCUGUCCUUGUCCCUCUUCUAGAUUCCCUUCCUUCACCCCAUUUCUUUGCAGAACUCUCCUUCAUCCAUCCGUUCCUCCCUUCUUUCUGACCUCUUCCCUUUGCGGGGCUCAGCGUGGCCCAGCCCUAAGGGGAGAUGUGGGAGGCUCCGUUACUGGUUCUGGUGCUUCUGCAACUGCGGUGCGUGGCUCCAGUGGAGGCUCCAGGGUCUGGGACAGAGGUCCCGGUGGUGUGGGCCCAGGAAGGGGCUCCUGCCCAGCUCCCCUGCAGCCCCACAAUCCCUCUCCAGGAUGUCAGCCUUCUGCGAACCGCAGGGGUCACCUGGCACCAUCUACCAGACAGCGGCCCUCCGGCUCCCGCGCCCAGCCUGCGCCCCGCCGCGCCUUCCGCGCGGGGCCCCGGGCCGCGGCCCUACGUGGUGCUGAUGCUGGCGGCCGGCGGCCUGCGCAGCGGGAGGCCCCCCCUGCAGCCCCGCGUGCAGGUGGAAGAGCGCGGCCUCCAGCGCGGGGACUUCUCGCUGUGGCUGCGCCCGGCCCGACGCGCCGACGCCGGCGAGUACCGCGCCGCCGUGCACCUCCGGGACCGCUCCGUCGCCUGCCGCCUCCGUCUGCGCGUGGGCCAGGCCUCCAUGACUGCCAGCCCCCCAGGGUCCCUCAGGAUCUCCGACUGGGUCAUUUUGAACUGCUCCUUCAGCCGCCCUGACCCGCCAGCUUCUGUGCACUGGUUCCGGGGCAGAGUCCCUGUUCAGGAAUCCCCCCAUCACCACUUAGCUGGAAGCUUCCUCUUCCUGCCCAAAGUCAGCCCCUCAGACUCUGGGCCAUGGGGCUGCAUCCUCACCUACAGAGAUGGCUUCAAUGUCUCCAUCACGUACACCCUCUCCGUUCUGGGUCUGGAGCCCUCAGGGCCUCUGACGGUGUAUGCAGGAGCAGGCUCCAGGGUGCACCUACCUUGCCGCCUGCCUCCCGGUGUGGGGACCCAGUCUUCUCUCACUGCCAAGUGGACCCCUCCCGGGGGUCCUGACCUCCUGGUGGCUGGAGGCGAUGGCAACUUUAACCUCCAACUGGAGGCUGUGAGCCAGGCCCAGGCUGGGGCCUACACCUGCCACAUCCAUCUGCAGGGACAGCAGCUCAGUGCCACGGUCACUCUGGCAGUCAUCACAGUGACUCCCAAAUCCUCUGGGUUACCUGGUGAGCUGAGAAAACUGCUUUGUGAGGUGACCCCGGCAUCGGGACAAGAGCACUUUGUGUGGAGCCCCCUGGAUAAGCCGUCUUGGAGAGGUUCCCCAGGACCCUGGCUGGAGAUGCAGGAGGCCAGACUCCUUUCCCAGCCCUGGCAGUGCCACGUGUACCAGGGGGAGAGGCUUCUCGGGACAGCGGUGUACCUCACUGAGCCGGCUGGCCCAGGUGCCCAGCGCUCUGGGAGGGCCCCAGGUGCCCUGAAAACAGGCCAUCUCCCUCUCUUUCUCAUCCCUGGUAUCCUCUUUCUGCUCCUUUUGAUGACUGGAGCCCUUGGCUUUCACCUUUGGAGAAGACAGUGGCGUCCAAGAAGAUUCUCGGCCUUGGAGCAUGGGACUCACCCACCUCAGGCUCAGAGCAAGAUAGGGGAGCUGGAGCAAGAGCCAGAGCUGGAGCCAGAACCUGAGCUGGAGCUGGAGGUGGAGCCGGAGUCGGAGCUGGAGCCGGAGCUGGAGCCGGAGCCGGAGCCGGAGCCGGAGCCGGAGAAGCUCUGACCUGGAGCUGAGGCAGCCCGCCGAUCUCCACAACUCAGUCCCAAUAAACUCCCUGUCAG